UAGUGCACUGCGAUGCAAGCAUUAACAGUGCAAGCAUUGGCAAGAUAGCAAGAUGAAAAUAACAGUGGUCUUCAUGGUCUUGGCGGUGGUGUGCGCCACGGCCCAGCAAUCCGGAUCAAAUGGCGUGUUACCAUCAGGCAUCCCCAUUCCACUUAAUAAUCAGCCAAAGAAUCUAUUGAAAUCCAUGAUGAAUCCAUUUGGAACAUAUUGGAAUCCAUGGGGAAUCCCAACGGGAUACCCACUUCCUUGGUUCCAGUCCCUACAACAACCUACAACAACCCCUGGAAGUAUCCCACCAACAUCCGGAAGUGCAGAUAUAAAUGCACCAAGUGCACCAAGUGCACAAAGUCCAUUUGGAAUAAUCCGCUCUAUUGGACAACGCUCUUCCCUUUGGAAGCCUUGGUUCCAGUCCCUACAACAACCUGGGUUAACCCCUGGAAGUAUCCCACCAACAUCCGGAAGUGCAGAUAUAAGUGCACCAAGUGCACCAAGUGCACCAAAUGCACCAAAUGCACCAAAUGCCUAGCCAACAAAUGCAAAUGACCAGAUCUCAGGAAUCCCAACAGUUCCACCACAAUUUGCACCACAAGGAUAAGAAAUGCAAAAACUACCAAGGAAGGAAACAAUGACGAAAUAUUAAGAUUUCAUGGAAAAAGUAAUAUAAUUAUUUUUGCACUUAAUAAAAUAAAUUAUCACUGAGAGUAAUA